AUGUCUGCAAAGAGGCAUAUCCCGAAUGAAUUCGAUGUACUUAUAUCUCCAAAUCAGCCGCCGCAGAAAACUACAAAAAUCGGUGACUCCGAGCUCAGAAUCACGCUUCUCGGUGCUGGUCAGGAAGUCGGUAGAUCUUGCUGCUUAAUUGAAUACAAGGGAAAGCGUAUAGUCUGCGAUGCUGGAGUUCAUCCGGCUUACACCGGCUUGGCCGCUUUACCUUUCAUCGAUGAGCUCGACUGGUCAACUGUCGACGCACUGCUCAUCACUCACUUUCACUUGGAUCAUGCAGCUGCGCUCACUUAUAUCAUGGAGAAAACUAACUUCAAGGAAGGCAACGGGAAAGUCUACAUGACAAGCCCAACAAAAGCCGUCUAUCGUUUCAUGAUGCAGGAUUUCGUCAGAAUAUCAACCACUUCCGCUGAGGAUCAACUCUUUACUGAGACUGAAAUGAUUGCCAGUUGGAGAAGUAUUCAGGUUUCUGAUUUCAACCAGGAAAUCGUCCCUGCGAGUGGUGUCAGAUUCACACCUUAUCCUGCUGGUCACGUUCUGGGUGCUGCUAUGUUUUUGAUUGAAAUUGCCGGUCUGAAAGUGCUUUACACUGGUGAUUACAGCAGAGAAGAAGACAGGCACUUGCAUGCCGCAGAAAUCCCGAAAGAACAAACUGAUGUGCUCAUCGUUGAGUCCACGUAUGGUGUACAGACGCUUGAGAACAGACCUGAAAAGGAAAAACGUUUUACUGAACUCGUUCACAGCAUCAUUCGUCGCGGUGGUCGUGUACUGAUGCCGUCGUUUGCAUUAGGAAGAGCGCAAGAAUUGUUGUUGAUUCUCGAUGAAUACUGGCAGCGGAAUCCUGACCUACACAGUAUACCAAUUUACUAUGCAUCUAACCUAGCCAGAAAGUGCAUGGCGGUGUAUCAGGCUUAUAUUCGUACAAUGAAUAAAAACAUCAACAGAAGAUUCGACAGUGGUGAAAACCCAUUUCAAUUCAAAUUUAUUAGUGAAUUAGGCGAUCUAAGGAAGUGGCAGGAUAAGGGUCCAUGUGUUAUGUUAGCAUCACCCGGUAUGCUUCAGAGUGGGACUUCAAGAGAGCUACUGGAGAGAUGGGCGCCAGAUCCAAAGAACGGUCUGAUUAUAUGUGGUUAUUCCGUUGAAGGUACAAUGGCACACAGCAUUGUCAAUGAACCUGACGAGAUUAUUGGUGUAAAUGGCAACAAAAUACCUAGAAAGCUUAGCGUAGACUACAUAUCGUUCAGUGCACACGUAGACUUCACUCAGAAUACUCAAUUUAUCGAUGAAAUCAAACCACAGCAUGUCGUUUUAGUCCAUGGAGCAUUAAUGAAUAUGUCUAGAUUAGCGGCCGCUCUUAGGAGUAGGUAUGCAGAUCGAGGAUUAGAUAUAAAGGUGCACAUGCCAAAGAACGCCGAACCGCUCAGGCUUGAGUUUAAACCGGAGAUGACUGCCAAGGCUAUCGGAAAACUGGCAGAGAAGCAACCAGCUGAAGGCGAAGUAGUGCAGGGCUUGCUAGUGAACAAAGACUUUACUUAUACCCUUUUGGACAGAGCUGAUCUGAAGGAUUUUGCUGGUCUCGCUACCAAUACCAUCAUUCAGCAACAAAAAGUCAACCUAAGUGUCGGAUGGGAGCUAAUUAGAUGGCAUUUGCAGGGAAUGUAUGGAAGUGUCGAUGAAGGUUUCGACAACGACGGUCUGCGAACUAUUAGAAUAAUGGACACUGUAGAUAUCAAGCAAGCUGAAGAAAACAAUGUUCUACUCGAAUGGAAGGCAGGAGCCAUGAAUGAUGCUAUUGCAGACUCAGUGCUGGCACUGACAUUGAGUGUUGAGACGAGUCCCGUGUCUGUGAAAAUGACAAGUACACCAUGUGUACACGCGCAUGAACACUCGAAAGAAGAAGCUGUAGAAGAUGUAAAGGAGUUUGCGAUGAAAUUGGACAAGAUAGUGGCACUACUGGAUGCUCACUUUGGUGAGAUAAACCAUGAGGAGGUUGAUAAUCAGCACAAAUUGAUCAUCAAUGUCGACGACAACGAAGUUAAGAUCAACGUGGAGACGAUGCAUGUGGAGUCCCCCGAUGAAAGCCUUAAGGAGCGUGUAGAGAGCGUGCUCGCGAUUGCCAUUAUGACAGUGACACCAUUGAGUGCUGUCAAGUGUAGCUCGGCUGAAGAAUCUAAACCAAAGGACAUUGUAAAAGUAGAGAAGCCAUCUGUGCCGCACUUUGAAGAACCAACAACUUUUCUCGAUGGCUAUAAAGUCUUAUCACAGCGCAGGAUCGUUGCUUUAGGUGAUCUACAUGGUGAUUAUCAGCGUACAAUAGAAGCAUUAAAGCUUGCCGAUAUUAUCGAUGAGGAUAAUCAUUGGGAUGGCAGCAAAGCCACUCUAGUGCAGACAGGUGACAUCACUGAUCGGGGGUCUGACAUGAUUCCCAUAUAUCAAUUGUUCGAGAGUCUACGCGUCGAAGCAGCUCGAGCUGGAGGAAGCGUGCAUACGAUACUGGGUAACCACGACAUUAUGCAGCCUAUGGACGACUGGAGAUAUGUGCAUCCAAAGGAAAUGAAGUACUUUGAUGACAGUAUUGAGAAACGACAGCAGGUAUUCAGUAAUCAGGGAUGGAUAGGUAAAGCAUGGCUACAGAAUUACGAUACCACUGUGAAUAUUUCCCAUUUUUUCGAAGCAGACGUCCAGAAGUAUGGGUUGCCAAGCAACAUGUCUACACAAUUUGUCCACGCAGGACUCCAUCCAUCUUAUGCAUACAAUGAGUUGAAUGAGGAUGGUAAAAUUUGGCUCAAGAAACUCACCAGUGGGGAUAAGAAUUGGUCUAGAAAGGAGAAGUUACUUUGGAAACCAGAUGGGCCGUACUGGUACAGAGGUGCUGCUUUAGACAGUGAAACAAAAGCCUGUGCUAUUGCGAAAGAGGUCAUGCAAGCAGUCGGAGCGAAGCGCAUCGUUCAAGGACAUACACCAAAUUAUGACGGCAUAGUCUCAAGAUGCAAUGGAGGUAUUCUAUUGAUAGAUACAGGUAUGAGUCGCGCCUAUGGCGGUGUGACGUCCGCAUUAGAGAUCAACGGCUAUGUUCUGAGCAAAGACGAGAAGAUAUACUACAGAGAAGUAGUUAGAGCGUUGUAUCAGAACGAAAAGGAGACACUUGUAGACGAAACACAUAGCGUAUAA